UUAGAUCAAGAAAGAAAAAAGGAUCGAUCAAGAUAAGAAUGGAGAUGGAUUAUUCAAGAUCAUCAAAAUACAAUUGGGUCAUGGUAUUUUUGGUUGCAGUAAUGUUGAUAGUUGGUACAGAAUGUGGUCAUGUUCAAUCAAAAGGUGAAUGUGCACCAUCAACACCUGAUAGAGAAGCAUUUAAAAUGAUGCCAUGUAUGGGGGCUUCAAAAGAUGCUGAUUAUCCUGUUUCUCAAAGAUGUUGUGAUCAAGUCAAGAAAUUAGGGCAAAGUACAAGCUGUCUUUGUGCUGUUAUGUUGUCUAAAACAGCUGAAUUGGUUGGAUCAAAACCUGAAAUUGCUAUUACUAUUCCUAAGCGUUGUAACAUUGUUGAUCGCCCUGUUGGUUACAACUGUGGAGGUUUGUUACAUAUUACCUUGAAGAAAGUAAGAAAGAAAGAAAGGAAAGGAGUUAUAUAAAGGUGCAUUGAUCUCUGAGCACCAUUAUGUUUGGAAGUCUAAAAGGGUGGGAAAAUUUGGUGUUUCUUGUAAAUCUAUAGUGACAUUCAGUCACUUAAUUAAGUAAUGAAUAAAAAUAUGGUGUUUGUUGUUUAUAAAAAAACAAAA